UGGCCAGACAGGCCGGUGCCGGCAGCACUCGCGGAUUCCGCGGCAGUUCAGGCGUCUGAGCGGACCUGGUAAGCGUUGGUUGCGGACAUGACGCCUGAGUUCCCAGAGGACUCCCAGCCGCUCUUGCGGCCGCUGGGCGAGAGCGCUCCUCGCAGCCGCCGCGUCUUCCUUGCCGCCUUCGCCGCUGCCCUGGGCCCGCUCAGCUUCGGCUUCGUUCUCGGCUACAGCUCCCCAGCUAUCCCGAGCCUGCGGCGGGCCGCGCCCCCAGCCCCACGCCUCGACAACGACGCCACCUCCUGGUUCGGGGCCAUCGUGACCUUGGGCGCCGCUGUGGGGGGCGUGCUGGGCGGCUGGCUCGUGGAUCGUGCCGGGCGCAAGCUGAGCCUCCUGCUCUGCACCGUGCCCUUCGUGGCCGGCUUUGCCAUCAUCACCGCGGCUCAGAACGUGUGGAUGCUGCUCGGAGGCCGCCUCCUCACCGGCCUGGCCUGCGGCGUUGCCUCACUAGUGGCUCCGGUCUAUAUCUCGGAAAUUGCCUACCCCGAAGUGCGGGGCCUGCUGGGCUCCUGUGUGCAGCUGAUGGUCGUCACAGGCAUCCUCCUAGCCUACCUGGCGGGCUGGGUCCUCGAGUGGCGCUGGCUGGCCGUGCUGGGCAGCGUGCCCCCCACCUUCAUGCUGCUGCUCAUGGGCUGCAUGCCUGAGACCCCGCGCUUCUUGCUGACCCAGCACAAGCACCAGGAAGCCAUGGCCGCCAUGCAGUUCCUGUGGGGCUCCGAGCAGCGCUGGGAAGAGCCCCCAGUUGGGGCUGAGCACCAGGGCUUCCGCCUGGCCCAGCUGCGGCGUCCUGGCGUCUACAAGCCCUUCGUCAUCGGCGUCUCACUGAUGAUCUUCCAGCAGCUGUCGGGCAUCAACGCCGUCAUGUUCUAUGCAGAGACCAUCUUUGAGGAGGCCAAGUUCAAGGAGAGCAGCCUGGCCUCGGUCAUCGUGGGUGUCAUCCAGGUGCUAUUCACGGCCGUGGCGGCCCUCGUCAUGGACAGAGCUGGGCGGAGGGUGCUCCUGACCCUGUCAGGUGUGGUCAUGGUGUUCAGUACCAGCGCCUUUGGCACCUACUUCAAGCUGACCCAGGAUGGCCCCAGCAACUCCUCGCACGUGCACCUCUUGGCACCCGUCUCCGUGGAGCCCACCGAUGCCAGCGUGGGGCUGGCCUGGCUGGCGGUGGGCAGCGUGUGCCUCUUCAUCGCUGGCUUCGCCCUGGGCUGGGGGCCCAUCCCCUGGCUCCUCAUGUCUGAGAUCUUCCCUCUGCACGUCAAGGGCGUGGCCACCGGCGUCUGUGUCCUCACCAACUGGCUCAUGGCCUUUCUGGUGACAAAGGAGUUCAGCAGCCUCAUGGAGGUGCUCAGGCCCUACGGUGCCUUCUGGCUCGCCUCCGCCUUCUGCAUCUUCAGUGUCCUUUUCACUCUGGCCUGUGUCCCUGAAACCAAAGGGAAGACUCUGGAGCAGAUCACAGCCCAUUUUGAGGGGCGAUGACAGCCUCUCCCCGAGAGUGGCCACCCCUCUUAGCUGGACUUGGCUUUGGGCGGAGGGGAUAGAGCUUGCCUGUGACUCCGAACUGAGCCUCAGCUGGAGCCUGGAAUGCCUGCCCGUCUGCAGGGAGCCAGGACUGCAGCCCCUUGGAGCCUUGGCCUCUGGGGUCCCUCCUUCCUGCCCCCAUCUCCACAGCCCAGGGAAGCACGGGGACGAGGCUUCCAGCCCUGGCGUCCAGUUCCCGCUGCUGCUCUGUGACUCGGGAGGAGGGGACAUCUCGGAGGUGCUUUGCCGCCCUGUGGUCAGCCCCCCAUGCGCUGGCUCCAUCGUGACACAAAAGUGACAAUGGAAAAGGGGAACUCUUGGUUCCUGGUUUUCUGGAGAAAAUGCUUUGGGAGGCUGGGUAACGGCCCACGGUUUCUCCUCUCACGUGGCUGAGUUCUCAGGAAGGAACUUUGCCAAAUAAAGAUUUGCCUUAGAGAA